AUGAGCGGAGGAGGAGGAGGAGAGAAGGAGGUGAGGGAGGUGAGGGAGGUGAGGACAGAGGAGGACAGAGACCAGGAGGGACAAGAGGAGAGAGAGACAAAGACGCAGAGAACCAGAGGAAAUGAGGAGGAGGAGAUGCGGGGCAGCGACCAGGCGAUAGAGAGGAAGAAGAAGGAAGAGAAAGCGAAAGCAGAGAUCUGGAGGGUCUUUAAUGAGGUCCUUCUCGACGACAUCAAGCGGAGAAGAAGCAUACGACUGAGAGACGUGAGUGCCGUCAGCCUCGUGUCGUCUGCUGAUCUCCCUCAGGUCUUCAAGAUCAUCAUUAACGAGACCUACGAAGGAGGUGAACGGCACCUCGAUGGCUCCUUCGCGUAUCCUGCCAGUCGCCUUGUCACGCCUCACGGUCAUCCCAAUGUCGACAUGGUGCUCGUUCUCGCAGAUCGCUUCACCGGCUCGUAUCAGCUCGCGGAGAAGACCCGGACCAAGAAAGCGGGCGGAGACGCUGAGCUACAGCUCGAGCAAGAGCUGGCAAAGCUGCGACAGGAAGAGGCCAUGCUCAAGGCUCGAGACAAGAAGGACAAGCGACUGCUGGCGGUGUGGGAAGAGAUCGGAAAGAUCUCGCAGCUUCUCUCCUCUAAGCGCCACGAGCUGCAGGGGAAGUGGCUGCGAGGGAUCACGAUGAGCUUAGGUUCCAACCAACGAGAAUGGGGGAAGAGCAAGGACGUGUCGUUUGUUGAGGUUGCGAGGCGAGCUGGAGUGGACAAGAGCGUGGCGGAGAGCGCUGUCCGUGAGAUGUGGAGCACGUUUGGCAGCAGAGCUUGCAGCGGUGAGCGACAAGAGCUGCUGUUGUCCUGCGGAAAGUUAAUGGCAGAGGGUAAGAAGUAUUGGUUCAUCCCAAAGCCGAUCCACGCAGAGACCGUACCAGGAAGAGACUGCCUGCGACUUCCUUCUGGUGCGAUACGCAUACCCAACAAGAAACAAUCCGUGGACGCAAGCCAGGACUGCGCUGACCACAGGGGACAGACUCGAGACGAACCUCAGCAAGAGAUCAACAGCACGGAUGGGAGCGUAACGCUGAGGUCUGAAGACGGGGAAGUGAUGCUGACAUUACCGGAGGAAGAAGGAGACAUCAACUUCGCUCGGAACGAAGCCCUAAGACGAGCGAGAGAGCAUUAUCAGCAGUCGCUCCUCCGCAAGAUCGAGAUGGAGAAGGCACAUGAGGAUGAGAUUGCUGAGAGGAGAAAACAAGCAGAGUAUGCGGCGAGUAUGCAGAUCCCUCAAGCCUGCCCCACGGUCGAUCUGCUCUAUGGAUGGACCAAUAUCAAGUAUCUUCACUCUUUAUCCCUCACUCGUCCUGCCCUUCCUGUCUCACCACUUGUCGGUUCACAGAAGGAUGUCGCCAGCAUCAUGCGGUCCAGCUACCUAGAGGACAUCAAGCAGCGAGCGGAGAUGAAAAAGUCGAAGCAGCUGAUGAAGGUCGAGCAGGAGCGUCAGCUCCUCGAGAGGAUCGCAGAGGGGAUGGUCCUCGACCAUGUCGCCCAGCAGGCUCACAAAGUGCAGAUGCGACGAGAGCUCCAGGGUUAUAUCAAGGAGUCCCAAGAGAAUGCGGUGGCUAAGGCAACGCCUUACUGUCAACAUCGCCCGUGCAUCGAUUAA